AUGGUCGCGACACGAAACCACCCCCGCGACUUCGACCCAGCACCCGCCGACACUCCCCCUAAGCCCUCUCCAACAAAGCAUACAACGCGCACCGCCAAAGCAGCAUUGUCUUUCGACGAAGACUCCGCCUCCGCCCGAGCGACAUCACCGCCCGAUACCCCGACGCGCGCGACUCCAGCCCGCCGCUCAAGGUCCUCCACUUCAACAUGGACCCAUACACCUAGCCCUCGCGCCCUAGGUUGGCUCGCCCUCAGCCUGCCUCUCGUAAUCUGGGACACAAUCUACAUCCUCAACCGCCCCGCCACCAUGAAAGGCGGCUGGCUGCACUGGCCCAUGUACGUUCCCUACGAGCUGUACGCGGUUACGGACUACAUGUACGGUCUCCCUGCGUUGGAGCGGAACGAUGGAUGGCCGAGCGCGCAAGGGUUGAGUAAUGCGAUUGAGACGGCGUUGUAUUUGGCGUAUCUCUGGAUGGUCUACACAUAUGGAGAGCAGGAACCAAAGCAGGGCAGGGGAGCGCCGGAUAGAAGUCUUAUGGGUAGACUGAGGGGGUUGAGUAAAUCCCGGACGCUGGUGGGGAGGGAGGCGGCUGUGGCUGUUCUGAUCUGCUACACGACGGCGACUUUCACGUUUGGAAAGACGGUGCUUUAUUGGCUCAUUGAGUUCUUCUCCGGCUUCGAUUCGACUGGCCACAACACCGCGUUCAACUGGAUCACGCUCUUUGCUCUCCCGAAUCUUCCGUGGAUCUUCAUUCCGGGCUACAUUGCCUAUGUGCAAGGAGCUGAGAUCUUGCAAGGGCUGGAGACUGCUCCGGGGGUUACUAAGAAGGAGAGAUGA